CUUUACACAAGUUAAAACUAUUUAUUUUUCUUCUAUUAUAAAAGCUUAUUGUAUUGCCAACAAACCCAUAGUUUGUUUAUAAUUUGCAACAAUAAUGCAAACAUUUAAAAUCCUCAUUUUACUUUUAGGGAUUUUUGGUAGUUCUUUGAGUGGAAGCGACUUCAAUUUUGAGUUAGAACGUAUUGAGGCUAUAAAAGGUGAAGAAGAAACUCUAAUUGAUUAUUCCGGCGUUCGCCUUAGUAGGCCUGGGCGUGGUGAAAGUUAUGUCGCAAAUGGCUUCAAUAUUAUAAGUGAAGACUUAGGUGAAGAUAUCAUGCAUGAGAUUAAAACAACUUACAGUGCAUCUGGAACUAGUCAAUUCCGUGUACAUCCGUACACAGUACAGAAAUCGACAGCUUGUGAAUUUUUCAAAACAUUUUACAGAGAGUACGGUCAACCGUGGAUUGCAGGACAUACAGAUUUCCCUAUUAUUCCGGAGGAGGGAAUCUGUCCAAUACCAAAAGGAAAAUAUUAUGUAAAGGAUUUAUUGUUUGACUCAGAUAAAAUUCCAAGUCAUGCUCCCAGAGGAUGGUGGAAGUUUGAGCAAAUAUUUGAAAGGAAUGGUAAAUGCGUCGGUGGUCUGGCAAUGUAUGGUAGGAUAACCGAUAAACUUUGAUUUUCUUUGUCACAUUUGAAAAAAUCAAUGUAUCUCGGUUAUUAUACAAUAUGAUAUUUUAAGCUUUCAUUUUUAACUUCAAAUGACACAAUAAAAAUUAUAUGUUAUCAUAAUCUAAUAAUAUAAUUAAAAACCUUGUUAUAGUCAUUUAAAUUGCAAUAGCAAUGCACCUUUCCAUAGAGGAAUCUGAUUAGUAAUGGUUUGGGUUAUUCGAGUAUGUUAAAACAAAAACAGUUCUAAUAAAAUCUGUACAUAUAUGUACAGUGUGUCUAAAGUUUGUUUUACAAUAAAGUAAUACAGUAUUUUAUUUAA